AUGAUAACCAACCAGAGACAUAGAAACACGAUGCUACAAUCAGAAAAUUAUUAUAAAGAAUAUCAAUUCGCAGGAUACCCAAUACAAUACAUAGUCGGCUGUAAAGCUACACAGGGUAGUGAGACGACAGAGUGGGCUGGCAGUGUUACAUUGUUAGGUUUGUUGCCUCUGUGGCGAGCUACUCUACCGCCAGACACUGUGCUCGCUGUGAGACCGCCCACGCCAGCUGAUUGCUGGCCUUUUAGAGGUUCGUAUGGUGAAAUAAUAAUAGAAUUGCCUAAAUUAAUACAAGUGGACGCAGUAAGCGUUGAACACGUCCGACCCGACACAGCUCGCAGUGCUCCUAAACAUUUUAAAAUAUUUGGUGUCCUCAAUAACGGAACAUGGGUCACAGGAGCAAGUGGUACAUACACAUACAACAAACCACCCAAACAAUACUUUAUAUUAAACAUAAAUAAGCUUGUAAAACAGAUCAUCUUCCGCGUCUUGUCUAACCAGGGGAACAAUAAAUAUACUUGUAUGUACAGAGUACAUUUAUAUACAAAAUAUAUAAAUGAAGUAUAGAAUAAAAGUUUCAGGCCCUUAAUAAGCAUUUUUCAUUACUGCUAAUCUAUUUCUAAGUAUGUAUUUUUGUAAUAAGUUGAAUUUAUAUACAUAAUCAUGUCACUAUGAAAAUACAAUCAGUACUAUUAAACCAAGUUCGUCGACUAGGUACAGAUACAAUAAACAUCACGAAGAGACGAUUCUGUUGUGAAACUAUUCUUCUGGUAUAGCAAAAGAUAUUUUUCUGUUAUUAACUAAAAUACGGCAUAAUAUACAUUUUUUAAAUGAAAACUAAUCGAAAUAUACCAAGUUCAUAU